CCGUCAAGUUCGAUCUGUCCGCCAGAAACAAAGCGUUUUUUCCUGGUUUUAUGCUCGGAUAAAUUUUAUAGCUCGUAAUAUGUAGGUACUAGCAUUACGUGCUUCGUUAAGGCUACCUCUUACAUCUCAUCUUGUAAAGCUCCUGUUUUGUGGUCGGUACGGACCUGAUCUUGUGUACACGACUUUUAUUUGUUUGAAUACCAAAUUUGCAAUUGUUUUACGCAUGGGAUGAUAAUGUGAUAUAAGGUGACAAAUUAUUAUACCCCCAUCUUAUUACAAGUGGUACCCACAGAAGAAGAACGUGAAUGUGGUGAAGUUUUCUUUUGGGUUAAAAUGUUUGGAGGGACAUAUCCUAUGAAAAUCCAAAUGUUUUUAUCUGUUUUGUGUGUUAUUGUUUUUUAUGUGGACUUUUGUUACACAAUGGUAGAUGGUUCGAUCCUGUCCAAGCCAAAUAUCUACCGACUUCCAAAUCAGAUUAAUGAAACUGGACAGAUAAAACCAGAUGAAGAUUUCAUCUACUCCACACAAAAUGACAUUUCAACUACAUCUCUUAUAUCAUCCAAACCACAUCACUCUACCAAAGUCAUCCCAACAGAAAAUCCGAUAAGAAUAUCGGAACCAACGGGGAAAAUUGAGGAUAUGGUGAUAACCCCCACUCCAAUAGCCAUAAGGCCUUCUGAGCUUCCACAGCCGGUUGACCAUUGUGGAAAAUUGUCCAUCGAGUAUAUGUCUUUACUCACUCAAGAGCAAUUUAUCAACAAGUUAACAGAACCAUGUAGAUACGACAAAUUGGUAAAACCACAAACCAAUGGUCCUCUGGACGUAUAUCUUCAAGUAGAUUUGAGGCAUAUUGAAGCGAUUGACUCACUGCAAUUCAAGGCCCAUAUGGUUCUUCAAUACAGCUAUAGAGACGCUAGACUGGAGUUUGGGAAUUUUUCUAAGAAUAGGGAAACAGUAAUGGGUCAGGAGAUUCUUAGAGAUAAGAUCUGGGUACCUCAUGUUAUAGUAAGAAACGAGAAGGAUACCAUUCUUAUGGGAAGCGAUGGUAAAGACGUUUUCGUGACCAUCAGCGCGGAUGGUCAAGUGACGUAUUCCUAUAGGAUGACAUUGACAUUUUACUGCUGGAUGAACUUGAAGAAAUUUCCGUUCGAUAUUCAACUUUGUGAUAUCAUCUGGAACAGUUGUAAGUUAGCGAAAACCAAGAAUAAUCUUUAUGAUUUUAGUCCGAUAAAGAUAUAUUAUGUUUUGUUUUCCAAUGUUUCAGGGGCGUAUAACACAACAAAUCUGCUUCUUCACUGGAAAAGUGAAACUCCAGUAAAAAUCGCUAAAAAUCUCCAUCUGACCGAGUUUGUUCUAACUGGUAACUGGACAGAAGUUGGACAAGUUCCUGUUACUUUCGCUGAAGGUGGAAGAAUUGGAAACUAUAGUUCACUGAUCUUCAAGUUCCAAUUAUCACGAGAGGUCGGAUACUAUAUUCUAGACUACUUUUUACCAUCGAUUCUUUUGGUUUGCACUUCUUGGGUGACUUUUUGGCUACAAGCUGAUGCCUCACCUCCAAGAGCUACACUAGGCACUUCCACAAUGUUGGCAUUCAUAACACUGAAUGGAGGUGUUACGAAAAAUCUUCCAAAGGUUUCCUACAUCAAGGCUAGUGAAAUUUGGUUUUUGGGGUGUGUCUGUUUUAUUUUCAGUUCAAUGGCUGAGUUUGCUUUCGUCAAUGUCAUUUGGAGAAGGAAGAAAAAAGUAGAAAUGAAAAAGCAAAACCCUAAACAUAUAUUGAAAGGUGCUCUGACCCCCAGUCUGGCUAGGAAACAGUUGAGAAAGGCCGAGAGCGAAAACAACCUUUUCAAGAGUUUUUCCUCCACAAGUUUGGAUGGGAACAGUUACAGGAACUCCCAAAACAACUAUUUGACUGUUCAUGGUUUCCCAGCAAUUCCUUCCAUUAACACUCAGAACUCGGAUGAAUGCUUAAAGAGUGAUGAUAGCGUCACAUCAAUUCCCAUACCGGAUGAGUUUUCCGGAUAUCCACAAGGCUACAGGCAACAAUGGCAUACUAUGACACCGCAAGAAGUGGCUAAUUGGAUAGACAAAAAGUCGCGUAUCGUUUUUCCAUUAAGUUUUCUCGUUUUUAAUAUUUUUUACUGGUCUUUUGUAUAUAUUCUUUGAUUUUUUCAUCGACAAGAAAUCCUUUUUUGAACAAAACUGUUAUUUUUUAUUGUUAAAAAAAUUUGAUAGUUAUUGAUCAUAUAAUGUAGUUUUGAUGAUAAUUAAUUGAUUAUUUGAUGGAUUAUGUUUCAUUGAGGAAAUUUUCCAUGAUUCUUACUAGUCAGUUACAGUAAGGACUAGCUUGAUUUGAAUAACAUAGUACAUUAUUAUUAGAAUAUCUUGCAACUUCAUUAGUUCAAUUAUAUGAAUUAUUUUAAUUUAUUUCCUAUUUAAAAGUCUUUCAUUUUUAUGAUUGAUAUCAAUACAGUAUGCAUUUUGUAUUUUUGUUUUAGAAAAUAUAAUUCUGUUGA